AUGGCAGCCUGCCGUGCUGCCGGGCAUCGGCUCGCAGCACUGUCUCUGCUGGUAGCCACAUCGCUGGGACAGACGGCAGAUGAAAACUGCGCCAAGGGGGCAUCCAUGUUUCAGAUGCGCUCGGCAGUGUUCGGCACCAAGCCGGAAGUAUGUACGCCGCUGAAGAAUCAAGGCACUUUCUUCUCGGCAGAGGUGUGUGUUGGCACACCCCCUCAAUGCUUCGACGCAGUUGCGGACACCGGCAGUGACAACAUCAUUGUGCCAUCUUGCAUCUGUGACGAGGUACAGAGCACCGGAUGUGGCAGGCAUGACAGGUGCUUUCGAGGAACGAACAGGUCAUCAACCUUCUCCAUUCCAUCAGACCCGACCAUCGCCCAACUGACUUUUGGCAGCGGCCCCAUCGAGGUGGCUGUAGCCAGCGACAUCGUCAACGUCUCGGGAGUUUCAGCCACCAUGACAAACGGUUUGUUGCUGAUCCUCAGCCGAGCAGCUCUGGAGGUGUCAGGGGAGUUUCAAGGCAUCCUGGGCCUGGGUCUACCCCAAGACCCUGCCGCAGCUUACGCUGACCCUUCAACGGUCAUGGCCAAAACCAAGGAGCCCAAGUCUUUAGGUAUCAUGGAUGCCGUAAUUUGCUUGAUUUUUCCCCAGCUCUGUGCUGCUACUGCGCCAAAGCCGCAAGUCCAACCACUUGAGACCAGGCUGUUCCUUGAAAUGGCUCACAUCGAUCGCUUUUCGAUGUGUUUCCAAGACGGAGAACGACCUGGCGCCUUGAGAUUCAACAUCCCGGCGCUGUCACGGCCCAUCCCGCAAGUUGGAAAGCUGCACUGGGGCAUCAGCUUCCACGGUUUGUCUACUGGCCCUCGAAACGGGCCUUCGGAUGCAGGCGUUCUCUUUUGCGGUCCGGAGACAAUGAGCACGGGCAUGACCAGUCCGUGUGGCAUCAUCCCUGAUUCCGGUACGACGCUGAUAACUGGACCGUCGCAGCAGAUAAAGCUCUUGCAAGCGGAGCUCUGCAGCAAGUGGCCCAGGUGCAGAGAGCAAGCACGUGGGCGGCCUAGCGCCUUCCAUUUUGGCAUGGUGCUACAGAACUGCUCCCAGUGGCUACACGAGUCGGGCUUGGCCGAGAUUCCUUCAAUUUUCUUUCACAUAAAAGUGGCCGAAGAACGAACAGAGCUUUUCGAGUUGACGUCUUGGGCGUGGGUUACACAAACCGUGGUUGACAACAAGUCGGUUUGCAUGCCAGGCUUUGGCGAAAUGGAGUAUACGACUGCAGAACAUGGUCCUGUGUGGAUCCUAGGAACACCGCUUUUCUAUGAGUAUAAUGUGGGCUACGACCUGCAGAACCGGCAGGUCUCACUGGAGCGAGGUCAUGUGUGGACGAAGGGUGAUGCUAUGGGAAACUACACAGGUCCCUUUAUCACCUACUUUGAAGAUGAAGUGACAGAGACACCAGCACGUUGGGUCUUCUUUGAUGGUAUGUCCUUCGAUAUCCUUAGCUGGGAGCCCGGCAAGAAGGCGACACCAGCCGAGUGGCAGCUUCCAGCAUCUUGUUUUUCCAGCGUGGCCGCAGAGAGCCCUGCGCAAUCUUCAGAGGUUGAUUACUUUCACGGCGCGUCGAGAUUGCAGAGCAGUCGCUCUGCAACUCCUCUGGUGGUGUGA